AUGGAUGCCAGUGGCGAGCACGGCAUCGCGGAGCGCGGCGGCAUCAUCUCUGUGACUGGUUCUCUGGGAGCCGGGCCUGUGUCUACCAGCCCGACGCAAUGCGCAGAUCUGCCAGUGGAUAUUAUCCAGAAGAUCAUCAGAAAUGGCACCUUGUGUGAUGUUGAUCGCGUGUGCGCCUCCUUGCUCAACAGGCACUGGCGCAAUAGCAUAAUUGGCGUGGAGGAGAUGGCUGACCUGGCCAAUCUGCCUUGGCUCUUUCUACCAUCUUCGGCGAGCCCGUGCUUCUUCAAUCCAACGAAAGCAUGCCUUCACCCACUUGGAGCUCUUCCAGAGGGCAUCAGGGCAGCCCGCCCGUGCGUAUCUUACCCCGGAGGCUGGCUAUUCUUGGACGGCGAAGCAUCGGGACAAGAUCAUCUGCUGUACAAUCUGAAGUCGGGCAAGCGGGUUACUCUUCCCAGCAGUGUCAUAAACAUGGAGGGGACAAUAAGAGGUGAGACGUCGCUCUUGAUGUGCGCUCUGUCCAGGUCUCCGUCAUGCCCCGGAUACGAGGUCGCCACAGUGCUCAACCAGGGACCAAGUGGUGAGCAUAUCAUUGCCAUGUGGAGCCCGCAACAAGAGCAUUGGCUAGAGAUCAGCAAGACACCGGAAGCGAGCAUUGUGGAUAUCUGCUAUCACCGCGGUGUGUUCCUUCUGCUGACGCGAGAUGAAGGCCUAAUCAAGGUGAUUCGGCAUGCUAACGGUUCUCGAGGGAUCCAGAUGUGCAAUGUGGUUAGAAGUGCUGGUAGAGUAAUGGGUGACUUGGUUGAGAAACGGCCUCAGUAUUCUCUGGACAGGCGGCUCGUAGAGUCGACGACAGGGGAUCUGCUGAUGCUCAUCAAGAUUAGCCGUCUAAACAGGACAGGCACGAUCACUUUGUAUAGGCUGGGAGUCAACCACGAUACAGGCGAGGCUGAGUGGCUCAACUACAUGUCACCUGCUGGGGGGAUGGGUUCGUCCCGGUCGUACCUGACGGAUACGAAGCAUGAGAUUCACUUUCUAGACGACGUCGGGAGGACUGUUGACUCGGAGGGCACUGGCACUAUCCUCUUCAGCCGUGACGACAUGGGAUGCUUCCUAACGCGCACGCGUUUGUUCGGCGGAGCCUACAGGGGGGCACCCUUCGACAAGACCUCUGACUUGAGCCCGCCCGUGUGGUUCCAUCACUAG